AUGCUCAAGGCUUACAAGAAUCUCUCGUCAAAAACUCGACUCGGUGUCGGUGUUGCUGUCAUCGCAUGGGGUGCUGCAGGACUCAUGUUGACUGAUCCACUGGAGAAGUCGCUCGGCUUGACACCAACAGAAGAGGACAAGGCUGAACUGGACAAGUACACACCAAAGAUUGUCACUGUUGUCAAGGAUGAAAAAGAUAGCAAAUGA